AAAGAACCAAACAAGGCCAGAAUAGAAGGAAGUCUACCAAAGUCAAAGCUCCUCGUCGUCCUCCCUCCCCUGACGCCGCCGAAUCGUUCCGCCGCCGCCCAGCGCCCGCCCCGCGCGGCCGUCUCCGUCGCGCCUACGGACUCCGGGUAGCACCCAAAUAGCGCCGCCUCCGCCUCCCCUGCCGUCGAAGCCUGAAAGCUCGUUCGGGAGGAGCCGUACCCCGCCUGUUCGACGGAAUGCGUCGCUGAGACACGUAUCCUGUCGGUUCAGCCAGCAAUGUCCGUUACCGGGUCUGCCGCAGGGCGCGGCGCGGCUCGUCCGCUCAUGCGGUUGGUCACCAUGAGCGGCGCGCCGAUCCUGCGGCAGCUGCACCUGGAGGAGCGGCUACUGCGCUGCACGGAGGACAACUGGUGCGUCAUCAACGACGGCACGGCGCCCCCCACCAUCGUCAUGGGUGUCUCCGGGAGAGUCUCGGAGCUUGUCGAGAUAGAACCGGUCCUCCGGGACCGGGUGCCUGUCGUCAGGAGGUUCAGUGGAGGUGGCACCGUCAUUGUUGAUCAGGGGACGGUGUUUGUGACAUUCAUAUGCAACAGGAGUGCCGUCGAAGGGUUGCAACCCUUCCCGAGGGACAUCAUGUCAUGGAGUGGACAGUUAUAUGGCAAAGUGUUUGACAGAUUUGGUGAAUUUCAUCUGCGUGAGAAUGACUAUGCAUUUAGUCAUCGCAAGUUUGGCGGAAAUGCUCAGUCAAUAACAAAAAAUCGUUGGGUUCAUCACACAUCAUUCUUGUGGGAUUAUGAUGUAAAAAAUAUGGAUUAUCUCAAAAUCCCGAAGCGUGCACCUGAAUAUCGACUGGUUUGGUCUCAAGCUGUUGAACAAUCCCUUUUAAGAACUGUACCCAUUUCAGAAACAGUAUCACACAUGUUCCUGGCAAGAAACCACACAGAUUUCCUGUGCCGCAUGAAGGAGUAUCUGCCUUCGCGGUCAGUCUUCACCGACGGGGUCAUCACGGCCCUGGGAGAACACUUCUCAGUCCAACCCACAGACUUGGAAACAGCGCUUUCUACCGUCGAAGAUUUCUCGCCUUCAACAAAGCUCUUGUCUGAACAAGACCUAGAGGAAAUUGUUUCCUCCAAAGAAUCCUCCCUUAGAGUACAGAAAGCCGAAGAGGCAUGAUCAUGAUUACAGUGAACUCUUUUCUGCUGUGAAAUCUGGAAGCGAUCGUCGGUGAGUGGCACACGGAACCACUGACUUUGCUACAGCUUAUUCCGAGCAAUUUUGCGCAUUUAUUUGCUGUGAUUGGAAGCUAUAUUGGAACGGUAAACCAGGACAAAUUUGUGCCCUUGUCAGUGAUCCACCGUUUGUAGUAGUAGCUUGAUUUGUUUCUUGUACGUGCUACUCUACCUUACCUUACCUUACCUUACCUAUGAGAACACGCUCCUGGAAACAUUGUUGUAUUCA